GCAGCACCACAACGAGGAGGCCACACCGAGCCGGACUUGCUUUCGAGUCACCAAUUUUGUGGUAGAUUUCGUGGCGAACGGUCCUUUUUUCGAGCUCGCUCCCGUGUGUUGUACCAAGCUGGCGUGUUCGCAGUCUCAUACUGAGUCGAAGUACGGUGUUGCAAGUUGGCAAGCUUCAUACGACUACUUUAACGAACUUGAUUGUUCGAGGUGCGGAAUUGUAAAGCAAAACAGCAAAGUGUCAACGGUGUUCGGCUAGCAUUAAUACGGACCAGGAUCCAGAAGCAGCCAGCAAACGAAAUCAAAUUGCGCGGUGCGAAACGACUGUAAGCGACGAACCUCCGCCCGCGUGCCGAACUGUGUUUUGAGCGAUCAUCCGCGCCGACAUUCGCGGUGAAGUGUUUGCGUUUCGGUCUUGCGCGCGAUAAGCCGGUACCGCGUUGACGUGUGAGCGAUCGUGUCGUGCCGAUGUAAAAUGAUGCCCCGAAACGGUGGCGCCCAAACAGUGGAUCAGAGCACCAGUGCAGUAUCGGCCGGAAAUCAGCCCCAUCGUCGGUGGUGGUGCUUUCGCGACUGUCGCCCCUAAAGCCGCGUGCUGUGGGAGAGAGAUUUAGCGUAGUGAGACCGAGUUACGUACUUAUACACACACACACAAAAAACGGCCAAAAAGAAAGCAACGUUCGGUGCAACAGGAAGUGCAAGAAAACAUAAAAAAGAACGGCCCCCCGAAAUGGUGGUAUAAAAGAGCAUAUGGUGCAGCCAGUGAGAUGCAAGUUCGCGUUCGCGUUUCGCGGUGAUAAUAAUAAUGUGUAGCACCUCGCCGGUUACUGCCCUGUUGCCACCGCCAGCAGGAACCGUGUACUAACGAGCCGCAAUCAGUCCUGUGAGGGCGAUCCUCUGCCUCUCGCUCUCUCUCUCUCUGUCCGAUCGUUUGGAUCCAUAUCGCGCGGCAAAUCGAGCCCACGACAACCGAACGACGGCGACGGGCUUGUUGCGGGAAAAAGGAUUUAUUGUCCCCAAUCGUGAUCGGCAAACAACCCCGGCCCACAGCCCUUCCCCCCUUUCGCCGUGUGUGUGGUGGUGUGUAUGUGCCAGAGUGAGCCUGUGCGUACCGAUCAGUGAGCGUGUGUGUGUAUGUGUUUGUGCUUGUGUGUGAGCGUUUGUUGAUGUGGGGCUUCGAGGAAGCGGCCAUCAGAAUCGUGAUUGUGCUCAGCAUUGUGCCAAGCCAUUCUUCCUUGCGAUUUUUUGUUUUACAUUCUCAGCAACCCACCUUCUCCCUUUGCUAUGCGCCCCGGACGAGUGAGAUCGAGUGAAGCAUCAACAACAACAAAAAGUAUGAAAUAAAAAUAAUCCUUAUACGCCACCCCUUCUGUUGUCCACCCCGCGUGGCCCUUUUUGCAAAACGAUCCCCCCAGUGGUGCGUGAUUUCGGUUUAUGUGUCCUGUGUGUCUGUGUGUCUGUGAAUGUGUCUGUGCUGAUGUGCCGCGCGAGUGUGCGUCUUGCGGGCAAGUGCGGAGGAGUUCGUGUUCCCCAAGGAGGGUUCGUCGCUUGGUGAUGUUGUUGUUGCUGCAGUGCCGUUUAUUUUCCGUGCGCUGUUCGCCUGCCCGGAUUCUGUGAGGGAGGAAGAAAGAGAGUUUAUCGCACACAAAUAAAUCAAUUAUUAUAAGCUCCACACGCGCAGUGGAACGCGCAGUGAAAACAACGCAAAGAAGAUCGGCAAAAGCGAGCGAGUGUGUGUAUGAUGCGAUCGUGUGGGUGAAAAAUCGUGAACAAACCGAAAAUUGCUGUUGCUGCAAGUGUUUUAAAAAUGUUUACGCUGUGUUAGCGAUACGAAAAAGCAUUAAAGUGUCCCGCAGUGUCUAGUACAUAAAACUCCUAACGUGUGUGUACGAGUGUCUCUUGUGUAUGUGCCCUCUCGAUCAACAGCGGAAAAUCAAUCACAAAACUUAACCGAGCAGCAGCCAGAAAAACGUCCUCCCCCCCGCAAACUGGUGUGGUGUUGCUGCACGUGGAAAAUGUUUGACGUGCGUACCGUCGAAGCGGGUGCCUGUUGUGAACAAGAGCGUGAUAGUGCGGACGGCGCAAUGUCAAUGACCGCGCGGCGACGGCGCGCCUUCCAGCGGCAGGCCUGUCUGCUGAGCGUGCUGGCCGCGUUUUCGCUCGGCCUGGCGCUCGGCGUGUUUGUGCCGCUGAUCGGCAUCUCGCAAGCCGCCUCGAAGGGUUCGAUCGUGGUAGACGGCAGUCCGGAGCAGGAGCCACAGCAGCCGGCGCUGCAGGCGCUCCAUCAUCCCGCACACCAGAUGCCACACUUCCCGACGAUCGACGACAUUCGCUCGGCGGACGAUGGGCCGAGGGGUCGGUACGCGUCCGUGUCGUUCAUUGCGGAAGAGAAGCUGACCGGCGAGGGCGAGGAUGUGCUCUUCCAUCCGAAGCUGGAGGUGGACGGGUUCGUGGAGCGAAAGCUUCCGUCGCCGGCCGCCUCGAUAGUGCAGCAAAUGUUGGCCGGCAGUUCGAAGAUGGCCCAGGCAGCGGUUCCGGAGCGACGUGAGUCGCGGGCGAGUAAGUUUGACGAUGCGGAGCGUGAAGAUGGCGAGGGCGUGAUACGGGAUGGCAUCUACUGGGGCCCGAGCGUCGAACGAGCCCUGCCCGAUGGCUUCGAUCAGCGGCAGAGCGAAUCUUGGGCGCGAUAUCUGCACGAAGCAGAGGUGGAGCGGCUCGAGAUCGGCUGUGGCCGUAUGCAGAACCGUUUGCUGGUGUUCCGGGAUGGUACGAGGGCCUGCGCACGGUAUCGGCAGAACACGGACCAGAUCCAGGGCGAGCUGUUCUCGUUCUAUCUCGGCCAGCUGCUCAACCUGACCAAUCUUGCGCCGAGUGCGGCGUCCAUCAUCGAUCCCGAGGCGCGACUAUGGGCUGCGGCAACGGAAGAGCUGGCCGGCGCCCAGUGGAAACCCACCAAACCUGUCGUGAUCACCAAGUGGAUCGGGAACCUGGAGCCUGCCGGCAUCCCGCAACCGUUCCGGCCGCUCGAGCGACAUCUGAACCGAUUCGACGUGCGCAACAUCACCGAAGGACUCGAUCGACCGCGGGAUGGCGUGCGAAGGCUGCUGCUCGACCGGCUCGGCCCGGCCCGAGACGGCAAAGCGGCCACUCCGGCCACGCCAUCGUCGAGCACGAGUACGCUCCCCGCGCAGCCUCCCACGCCCGAGGUGCUCGAGCGGCUGGUCGAGCUGGCCCAGUGGUCCGAUCUGAUCGUGUUCGACUACCUGAUCGCCAACCUGGACCGGGUCGUCAACAACCUGUACAACUUCCAGUGGAACGCGGACAUCAUGGCGGCGCCGGCGCACAACCUCGCCCGCCAGACCGACUCCUCGCUGCUCGUCUUUCUCGACAACGAGUCGGGCCUGCUGCACGGCUACCGGUUGCUGAAGAAGUACGAAGCCUACCACGGCCUGCUGCUCGACAACCUGUGCGUGUUCCGGCGGUCGACGGUGCGGGCGCUCGAGGCGCUGCGCGACGCCAGCGUCGGCCAGCGGCUGAAUGCGCUGUUCGAGCGCACGACGACGGCGCAGAUACGGGACGUGCUGCCGCCGCUGCCGGAAAAGUCCGUCAAGAUUCUAGUCGACCGCAUCGACCGGGUGCUCGGGCAGGUGCAGAAGUGUCGGGAAACGUUCGCCGACCGAUAGCCGCCGGGCCCGCCUGGUGCUGGAGGUGCAGUGGAAGCGGCCAGUCGGAGACAGGUGGGUGGGUGGGUGAGCGGCGCACGCGCCAUAAGACUGUGAGUCCUUUGUGUGAGCGAUGGGAAUUUAUUAUUAUUAUUAUAUUAUUGCUAGUUUGCUAGUUGGUUGUUUUUUAUUUUGCAUUUACAUUUACGGACUGUAAAGGUAGUGGUAAGGUUAGCCCGUACAGUUAGGCUAGGGAUGCAAGACUAAUCGAGGAAUGAUGAUAGUAGACAGCGAGAUUGCGUGAGAGCGAGAAUGAAUGAUAAUGAGUAUAGCUUAACAAAACAGGUAAAAGAAAAGAGAGAGAAAAAACAGCAGGAAAGUAACACAAACAGAACAAUUCCACUUACACAGAUCUACCACUAGUUUGAGGGUAACGCCAGACCACAGUUUUGCUGCUCUUAAGGGGUUGAUGCAUAAAACAGAGCGAUACAAGUAAACUAUUUCCUCAAAAACUUCUUUUCAAAUCCCACCAGCAAUGGCUUCGAAACAGUGAAAACUAUCAGAGAUGUCUAGGUUGAUACGAUCUAAUCUUCCCAACGUUUGUACAGCCGAUUUGACAGAUGAACUAUCUGCUUCAUCUUCGUGGAGCCUUUGCACACACACACGCGCACCUUUUGCUCGUUUAUUUCUAAUCUCCAUUUUAUUGUUACUCUUUUACCGACGUCUCCCUUCUAAUAACUGUAAGCCAUCAGUCUGUCUGUCUGUCUGAACCGUGCUCGAAACAGCGCCUACUGCGCGCCGAGCAACACACAACCGAAAGCCAGCUCCGCAUUAAAGGACCUCCUGGCGCGGCAGUUAAAUAGAAAUUCCCCCCGUCGAAAGGCCACCCUUCGACCAAAAGCGGUUUCAUUUUGUGAGGGAAGCGUUCUGUGUAUUCCCAUUUACACACAUGCAAACACAAAGCCAAAAUACACACAUAUACACUUGAGCGCGCCCGCGUUUGUAAUCGCGCUUCAGCUCCCAGCGCUAGAAUGUACAGGCAGAGACUUGCGCGAGCGUGGCAGUGACGAACCCCUUGCCAGAGGAAAUAGAAUUUUCGUACGUCUUUUGCGCUGCGCAACAAAACCCAGCCAAAUCGAUCGGCGAAUCGGCACCGGCAAUCGAAUUACACGCCAAUAGAAGGCCGCACGUAAUCAAGCGUCAUACAAUAAGGAGCGGAUGAAUGAGGGGGGAGGAAGAUUGAUUCGCACAGAUAGAAUAGAGCUGGAAAAUUGGAUCGAUUGAAUCGCGCGCGGUUGAUUUGAUUCACGCACGCGGGCAUGGUCUAGCCUUUUUUUGUUGUUGAGGCGCAACUCUUGUCGUUUCCAUUUCGUUCGCCCGGUUUUCGGCACGGCCAGUGCGCGCGCGCCGAAGGGUGGACGACGCCAUCUUGUCAGCUUUGCGAAACAGUUUCCGCUGCCGACAGCAGCGUGUGCUGCAUAAUUGUUACAUGCAAUUUUGCGUGGCUUCUUUUUGCUGUCCGAGGGCCUCAAAAGCUACCUUCCCUUGCUGCUGCUGCUGCUGCAGAGAAGAAGAGCUUAGAAGCCACGCACCAUAAAUGCUAAAAUUUCGUGUGCAAGCGCAUUACCUCAUCCUGGAGAGGGACAACGAUCCUCCUGCCCGUCGGUCAUCGUUGUCGUCGGUGCAGAAUAUUUCAAUUUUCUCACCUUUCCCCGUUUUUUUUUCGGGGGGUUAUUUUUCUUUUGCUAGUGGUGGUGAUGGUGGUGGUGGGAAAAAUAUUGUGUCUUCCUCCUCACUCCCGC